AUGACGGCGACCGUAAACGGCAACAGCUGCCCAUCUCUAUCCUCGUUCCCGUACCACUGGUACAUAACCCCACUUCCAAGAGCACAAUCCAUGGCGGCCGCCGAAGAGAACGGCAAUGGGUUGGAGUUCCUAGCAGAUCCUGUUGACAGCGCCGACAAGUGGAUGCUCGGGUGUUCUCGCAGGUUCCCCUGGCCGGAUCUUGAAGCCAACGAUUUACCUCCGGGUGGUGAGGCAGGUACUUGUCUCACACAGUCGGCUGGUGAAUCAAGCAUGGGAGACAUUGGCGACGGUCCAGUGUCACUGCAGUUGGCCGUUAAUAACGGAUGCGAAGCACUGAGCUUGUCAGCGGGCGAUUCGCAGCAAUCAACAGGAAAAGAUGACCCUCAGGCCCCUGGUUGGACUAGAAGGAUUCGUAUUGGGCGAGCUCCCAUUGAACGGACACCCUGUGCUGGCAGAGUUUCUGCCCUUGAAAAAACAUUGAGGGGAUACACAGAGAAAAGGACAGAUACCGUCGUGGUACCAGCUGUUGGAUACACAUUUGAUUCAUUGGGAGAAGCAUAUGACUUCUACAACCUGUACUCGUGGGAGAUUGGAUUUGGAAUAAGAUAUGGCAAAAGUAGGCUGAACGUUGAAAGAACCAAAUGUAUGCAAGAAAUAGUUUGUGGAUGCUCGGGCAAACCAAAGAGAGCAAACACACGGACAUGCCGAUGUGAGUGCCCUGCAAUGAUACGUUUGCUACGAUCAAAUGACAAUGGCUGGUACAUAAGUGAGCACAGACCAUCCCACAACCAUGUGUUGACAGAUAAAUGUGGUGAAAAGGUGUACUGGCCUUCACAUAAACAUAUAGAUAUGUACACAAGAGACAUUGUCAAACAGCUUAGGGAGAACAACAUCAGCAUUGGAAAAGUUUACAACAUAAUCGGUAGUUUCUUCGGAUCAAUGAAUAAUGUGCCUUUCACCAAAAGGGCUCUCAGGGGUCUAUGUGGUGAAAUCAGCCGCGACCAGGCAGAUGAUGAUGUAUGGAAAACAAUGGAUGUAUUUGCAGAAUUGGGUUCAAAGGAUUCUGGUUUGUACUACAGGGUACAAUCAGACAGUGAUAGCCGGAUACGGAAUAUGCUGUGGUCAACUGGUGCAAGCAGAAUGCAGUACCACUAUUUUGGAGAUGCAAUAACAUUUGACACAACAUACCGUACAAACCUGUAUGAUAUGCCAUUUGGGCUGUUUGUUGGAGUUAACAACCAUUUUCAGAGCGUUAUCUUUGGUGGCGUGCUUGUUAGGGAUGAGACAGCUGAAACUUUCGAGUGGGUGUUCAGUGAAUUCAUACGCAUGAUGGGCGGCAAGCAUCCUCAAACCAUUCUUACAGAUCAAUGUAGAGCUAUGGAGCUUGCAAUAGAGAAAGUAAUGCCAGACAGUACACACCGCUGGUGCAAGUGGCACAUCUUGAAGAAGGCAAAGGAAAAACUUGGCACAUACUACUCCAAACGAAGCAACUUCAGAGCAGAGUUCCAUAAGGUUGUUAAUCACAUGAUAACAGAAGAUGAAUUUGAAAAUGCAUGGGCACAUCUCCUUGAGAAAUACAAUUUGCAAAAAAACACUUACCUUUCACACAUCUACAAAGUUCGCACAAAGUGGGCAAAACCAUAUUUCAAAGGCGUAUUUUGUGCAAAAAUGACAAGCACGCAACGCAGCGAGAGCGCAAACCAUAUGCUAAAGGGAUAUGUGCAAGCAGGUGUUGUAAAAAACAGUAAUAGACUGAUCAUGAUUAGCUCAAAAACGAAAAUUCAUUAG